GCUUGAUCCUGCCAGUAAAGAAACUACUGUUAUUAAUCAUAUUUUUGGUGGUUAUCAUCGUAGUCAAGUUAUAUGUUUACGCUGCAAAGAAAAAAGUAAUACAUAUGAUCAUUUUAUGGAUUUUAUAUUGGAUAUUAAGCAAAAUGUUCAAAGUCUAGAAAAAGCAUUAGAGAAAUUUAUUCAACCAGAAUUAUUGCAAAACGAAAAUGCUUAUAAAUGUCCCAGAUGUAAUAUGAAGGUUUCUGCACAAAAGCGGUUUACUGUACAUAGACCUCCAAAUGUUGCCACAUUUCAGUUUAAAAGAUUUGAUUACAAUCGGAUGUUUGGUGGAAAGAUAACAAAACAUGUUUCUUAUCCUGAAAAAUUAGAUCUUCGGCCUUAUAUGUCUGAUACUAAGGGUGGACCAGUUAUUUAUAGAUUGAAUGCAGUUUUAGUUCAUCUUGGUCCCAGCUGUAAUUCUGGACAUUAUUUCUGUUAUGUUCGUAAUUCUAAUGGUUACUGGUAUCUAAUGGAUGAUGCUCGUGUUCAUCAAGUUAGUGUAAAUCAAGUUCUGAAUCAGCAAGCUUAUGUUUUAUUUUACAUUCGUGUAGCAGCUACUAGUUCUAAUCAUUUAAAGAAAUCUCCUUCUGCUGUUUCGACUAAUCAUAAAAUUUCUGAAGGAAUAAAGAAUGGAGUAUUAGGUCAUUUACCUAAUGAUUCAUCUGCAUCUUCAACUUCAAAAAGUAAAAGCAUUACUAAAACAACAUCAUCUCCAGCUAUUAUUCGAGUAUCAUCGUCAAGUUCUUCCAGUUUGGUGAAUGGAAAUGCUUAUGGUGUUUCACCAAAGCUGUCGUUACCGCAGAACAGAGAGAAAGUAGUUUUUGGAAUUCGCAGGCCAGAACCAGGAAUGAAAACUUUAAUAGAUAAAACUCAACUCAAUCAUAAUGUAAAAUAUAAUUCUUCUGUAUCAAAUAAUUCUGGUCAUGCUUGUCUUGUGCCAUAUGCAGGUGAUUCUUCUGAAUCAUCAGAUGAUGAACAUAGAAAAAUUAAGUCAAAAACAUCAAACUACAAAAAUUCUGCUAAAAAUACUCAUGAAACAAGCAAAUCAGAAGCAACUUCCACAGUUAAUUCAGACAGUUGUAAAAAUAAAAUUGAUUUGAAGGAAGAAAGUAAGGAUAAUGUUGGACAGAAAUCUGAAGAUUGUGUUGCUACAUCUAACAAACAUAAAAUAACAAAUGAAAAUUUUGUGAAAAAGUCAAGUGCUUAUAGAACUUCAUCUCCAUCUGUUACUCCAUCAGAUUCUCUUCAGGUUACAACCAAGGUAAAAUCAACAUUUCCUUGGCAUGUUAGUGAUGCUAGUCUGCACUCUCCGUCCGUUGCAUCAGGAUCAAGUACAAAUAGUGUUAAUUCAACAGCAGACUGGACUGUAACUGAUCAAGAAAACAUUAAUAGGAACAAAAUAGAGCGUACUUAUACUGGUUGGACUAUCACCCAAAAUGAAAAAUCAAGUAAUGAACAAAUUAAAACAAAGGGACCAUCUACACAUCAUAAAGAUACAAUUAAAAAAUCAUUAUCAAAUAGUAAUAAUAGUGAAUGCUCAGAGUUGCUUAACAAAUCUGAAGUUUUAGUGGAAUCUUCUUCUAAUGGAAAUACAAGUGUGUUAAAUGAUGCUGAAGAGUCUCCCACAAAAACUAAAACUAAUGAAGAUUUGCAAUAUUGCACUAAUAAGUCUAGUAGUAGUAAGUCAUCUGAACUAUUUGAUGUGGAUGUAAAUAAUUUUAAAAGUGAAAAUGAACAGUCAUUUCAGGACCAUGCAGUCAGUAAAGAAAAUUCCUUUCUUAAAAGUGGUAAAAAACGUAAAAGUAUUGACUCAGAAAAAGGAAAAUUCCAAGAUUCUUCAAGUAAAAGAACAUCAUCAUCAGCAUCUUCAUCAUCAUCAUUAUCUUCAUCAUCAUCCAAGAGCCUCAUCAGUGACAUUCAUAAGAGCACUAGUUCGAAGUGGGAGUCCAAAUUUUUUGACAAUGAUGAAACAAGCUAUUAUCCAGUGUCUAAGAAAUGCAAAAGUUCAUACAAUGAACAUGAAGAAAGAAAAGAGGGUUACAGAUAUAAAAAAAGAAUAGAUGAGAAGUGGAAAAGUAAAAAGAAAUAUAGUAAACAUACUGAAGAUUUUUGGCAAGCGCAUAAAAGUUACAGAUCAGGGAAAAAAUCUAAAAGUAGAAAAUACGAUCAUAGAGAAAUGCAGAAUAAUUACUAUAAUUCAUCAUUUAAUGCAAGAAAUGAAAGGCAUUACAGUUAUGAAGGAAAUCAUUAUAAAGAAAAAUUUAAUUCAGAAUUGCAGAAUAGUAUAACUCAUCAAGCUGAAAACACUCAUCAAAAAGCAAAUGUAAAAAUAAAACAUAAAAAUGGACUCGAUAAAUCUUUACUAGAAAAUUCAUGGGAUAAAAAGUAUUUAAAACAAAAAAAACAUUUAAAUUAUAAGAGUGGAGAUAGUGAUAAUAGUAGCUGCAGUUACGAAAUGGAAUGGGUAGAGAAGACAAAGGAAACUGUAGAAGCUGAACAAAAAACUUCAAAAUCUUACAAUGUUCCUUUCAAAUAUUGGGAUUCUGAUGUUAAGGAUGGUUUCACUCAGAAGACAAAUGAUCAUAAUUCUAAUCAUAAUAAAUAUUGGAAUGGAAGAGAGAGAAAUGAAAUUGUUAAAGAAUUACAAAAAUAUUCUAGUAAAGGUUAUGGUGAAGGAGUGAAUUCUUGGGAUGGCAACAGGAGUCAUUUAGAAAGAGAAGUGAUGGAGGAUAGCUUGCAGAAGAGGGACCAUUAUGAUGACUAUAAUGAAGAAUAUGAUAGAGGAAAGAUGAAGAAAAUUAAGAAAUGGCAUGGAAAUUCGAAAAGAAUGUAUUCAUAUAACCCAUUCCAAAAGGCCUGGGAUUCUAAAAAAUAUGAAAAAUAUGAGCAUCACUCACAUAGGCAGAAUAAACAUUUUCACAACAGGAAGUUUUUCAACAAUCAUCAUCAUCACUGGAAUUAUUCGAAGUACAGUAACGCAACUGUAAGGGACAAGAUACAAGAUUAAAUUAAUGCAAUGUGUAUGGAUGUGUUUGUAUAUGUCAUUUUAUGUCUAUUGUUAUUGUGGAGAUUAUCUAAAAGUUGUACAUACUGGAUUGCUUGAGCAUGAUGCAAGUUCUAAGUAUGUUUAGAUAAUGAACUAUAAAAAUGGGAGAAAAUGUAUUUAUGGAAUUUUGUAGUUCUUGCUCAUUUACAAUGAAUAUAUAGUGGACAUGAUUCAACUUGAAUGUGCCUCUGCAUCAUAUGACAGAAUUUUGUAUAUGAUUCUAGGAAUGGUGAAGGCUUUUAGAACAGAGAGCAUAAUUUUAUAUAUAU